CUUCAAAAUAUCUAUAGUGUUGGAAGUUGUGAUGUCUUAUAAUCUUAAGACAUAAGAGACCAUAGAAGCAUAAGUCUUAGAGUUAAAACAACAAAGGAAAGAAAAGGGGAAAAGAACCGUGAGAGAGAGAGAGAAAAGGGAAGAGAACCGUGAAGAGAAAAAGAAGAAGAAGAAGAACCGUGACUUGUUUCUUGCUUCCUUCUUGCAUUUGAAGCUUCCAUCUUGAAGUUUGAGGCUUGCUAGCUCUACUUGAGGCUUGGUAGAGGUUGUCUUGGCCUUAUCCUUCUUCCUUGUUCAAGACAGCGGUGGGCUUGACGGAGCAACUGGGACCCACUAGCGGACCCCACGACGUCUAGUUCCUUAUCUUACUCGUUUUGUAUUUUUGGGUCGACGCGGGGACCACUUUUGGGAGUUUGACUAGUUUAGUUAGGUUUAAGACCUUUCUUUGGACAGUUGAUAGGCGUGUAAUAGUAAUAGUGAUAAGUGUUCGGACCCACCUUAGGGUCCACCUUAUGGUCAUAGUUGUAGUGAUGGCAUGAAGCAGUAGUUCGGACUUCUACUUUUGAAUUGUAUAUAGAACAUUUUUGUUGCUGUAUGUGAUGUACAUAGUGAACUUUUGAGCAUGUAUAUAAUGUGUAUAGUAACCGUUUGGGUGUGAAUAGUUUUUAUUAAUUUUUUAUUUCGAGUCCUGGCGCGAGCUAGGCAGACGGCCUGCUAAGCCCUUUGGUACGCCUUUGGGUACGGUGGGGUCGUCACAAGGAGUCCACCCUCCACCUCAUCCUCCGCCUUCGUGGUGGCGUCAAGAAGUGCAAGAAAAAGACCUACACAAGCCCAAGAAGAUCAAGUACAAGAAGAAGAAGGUCAAGCUUGCCGUCCUCCAGUUCUGCAAGGUCAAUGCUCAUGAAUUCAAGGUGGGGGAUGAAGUAUUCGGAGACAUUCACGAGCAUGUUUGUACCCAAAGGGAUGUGGGUCACUGGCGGAAUACCUACAGUGGAGGAGAAGGUACUAGCUUCGAAGCCCAAGAAUUUGAGUUUUGCCGAGGCAGCUAGCCUUCCUGUUGCCGUUGAAAUAGCGUAUGGGGGACUUGAAAGCGCUGGGCUUUCAACUGGUAAAUCACUUCUUGUUCUAGGUGGUGCUGGUGGAGUUGGAUCUUUUAUCAUUCAGGUCUAUGCAGCUGCUACUAUCUUUCUUGUACCUUUUUUGGAGAGGAAGGGAAAUUUCCUGAGGAUUGGAAAUGAUUCAGAUAGGUUGUCUCCAAUUGAGUCAAUAAGUGCAUUGGUUGGGAAUGAGCCAAAAAAUGAAGGGUUAUUGUCUGCUACAUCCUUCUCACAUAGCAAGCUGCUGAGGGUUCGAACUGCUACUGCUAAGCUUUUUUUCUUGCAAAACCUUUUCUUUAAGCUAAUAGUAUUGAUUGCAGUUGUACUAUAUGUUUCAGAUUGUAAUGCAAAAAUACAUAAGGAGCUAUCUAAAUGAGUAAAAGCCUUUUUAGUGAUAGCAUCUGGAUGUAUCUCUCUCUGAAACUGAUCAAUUCGUAUAUCAAUAGAUAGCCUUUUGUUUUGCCACCAUUCAUGUGUUGUUGCACAUUUUGCCACCAUUAAUCUGUUGUUCUGUUUUGGACAUAAUUUACUCUCUUCAUUUAUUUUCAGAACUAGUGAAUUUGGGCUGCUUUUCAUUUUGAGUUUGAAUGAGAAUCUUUGUUUUCAUAUUUGUCUAAGUUACUUUAAGUAUCCAAAAAAGAGUGUGAGAAUUACAUACUUGUUAUCAUGUCUCUUCAGUAUAAUCCAAAGUUCUAUGUUUUGUCAAGUAUGUUAGCCAACAGAAUUUUUUUUUCAGAUUCAAUAUUAAAUGUAUGUCUCAAAGAAAAGUUACUUAGAUAUUCCUAUCAAUUGACUUUCUUCUUGAUUAAUGUGCAUGUUAGAUUGAGCAGGUUUCUGAUCUAAUGCAAUGCUUUGAAAACUAGCCUUCAAAUCAGUGAACCUAAAAUAACCAAUAUUUUUAACUUUAAACUUUCAUUUGCUUUGGUGCAAGUCUGUCAAGUCUGUCUUUUUUAUAUUAAUAAUGGUUCGUUUGUGAUUUGUUGUUCUGGAAUUAGCGAGCUUCAAAUAUUUUGCAAGAGUUGAUCAACAUUCAUAAUGAUGCAAAAGUCAUAUAAGCAAUCCAAGAUCAGGUCGGAGAUGAUAAGGCUAUCUUUAUUGGGCGAACAGUAGUAAAACCAUUUGUUUAUUUUUUCCCUUAAUUUCCAAUACUUUAAAACACCUUGGUAAAAAUCAGAUGUAUUGGUUAGUUCCAAAGAAUUAGUGAUAAUUAUUGAGGAUCAAUAAACAACAAGUGGUAGCAAUACUGUGCUAAGCCAUUCUUGGCAGAGACAAAGAAAUGUUUGUAACUUUGUAUCAAUCAAAAUUUCAAAUUUGGCUAAACCUUAGUAGCAGUUUUAGGUUUGGCUUUUGAAUUACUAGAUAAAUUCAAAAGCAGUUCUGAAGGUUAACCUCUGAUUAGAAUCAUAUUGUUUUUGGUUGCUAUC